AUGGCGUGUCCUUUGCGACACUACCUGGGCUAUUUCUACUGGCUCGCCGCGUUCGUCGGCGCGAUUGCCGUGGUGUUCGGAAUGAAAGAUUCUCGACUUUACGAUGUUUCUUCGGGUGGCAGCGACGAGAGCGCGAGUAAGACUGCAAAGAAGAAAAGGUAA